AUGACGACUACAAAUGCAACUACAUCAUCGUUGCCCCUUCAUCCAAGGCCAUUAGCAAAUGUCAGCAACUAUGAUAAUAUGGUUUUAGUCUUUCAGAAUCAAACAUAUUGUGACUGGAGAGUUACUGUCAAUUGCGAGAAUGGAGAACUUUACGUGAUGAUAUAUCAAGUGACUCUCUUCUUGCUAUUGUUGCUCACAUUUGCUUGCUGUGGUUUAUUGUAUUAUCGGUUGCGAGUACAAAAAUGUACCAUUUUUGCCCCGAGAAUCCCUGGAUCUGGAAACAUAAGACCAAAUCCAAUUGAAACGUUUUUGAUCUGGGAAAUUUUUUGGCUGCUUGGACGACUGCUUUUUCUUUUUGUAUUAAAAGUGGACCUUUUUCCUAAUCGUUAUUUGAUACGUGAAUUUUUACAAGCGUUCCCUGACUCAUUUGGCACAACAGGAUUUGCAUGGUUCGCAGUAGGGACAUAUCUCCAAAUCGGCAUUCAUUUAAACUCGAAAGCACGUCCCUGGCGUCCCGAUUAUCGAAUGGCAGAUCGAUUUCUGUUAAUAAUUACUGUUGCUGAACCACUUACAACUUGGUCAUUGGUUGCUCUUAAUGGAUAUGUUCGCGAUAGCGGUUACUCCGAGAUCGGUGAUGUUCUUAUAGGUGCUCAUUAUGCGCUUCAAAGUUUUUGGCAUUCAUUCGGCGCAAUGGGAGCAUUUUAUUUUGGUCGCGAGAUAUGCAAUGUGCUACAAUAUCAUAUCGACGUGGCUCGUACAACCUCUAAUCUUGCAGGCGCACGAGUAAUUAACCUGGAAGCUGGAUUGCGCAAGGUAAUUUAUAUGGCAUUCAAAUUAUGCAUUGCAUCAUCAUUAUCGUUAUUAACAAAUCAAAAUAAUAGAUUCGCAAAAUGUUGUACAUUACUUUCACCACAUACGUAUACUACAUCAUCUUUUGCAUCGUAUUCUCGUCUACUCGAAAACAAAACCAAAGACAUUUCAACUUCCGACUCUACAUUUGAAGAUGACCAAACGACCGUCACCUCGACAACUCAACUUCAACGUAAACAGUCCAAAUUUGCAUUCGUUUCAACGAAAACUUCGUCACGUACGUUAAAUUCUAUCCAAGAAGUGGAUGAUUACAAUAAACAAUAUUCAGUUAAUUUAGAAAUGGAUGAAUUGGAUGGAACACGAGAACAAACCGUCGAUCGAUCCAAUUCAAAAAAAGAAAAAGGAUAUGACCUUCAAUUUAUGGAUUUAUAA